AUGAGCCGAUCCGUGACUUUGGCGCGGGCGCGGACGCCCUCCGGGGCCCGGUACCGCCGGGUCAUGGCCCCCAACCGGGCCUUCGAUUUCCUCUACGAUCCAUUAUAUGUGCUAUCAAGUGAGAGAGACCAUGCACAGGCAACUAUCCAGGCUCAUCUAAUGCAUGAUGAAAUGAGGAAAAUGCCAGAAUUUAAAGCUAUGUUUAGUAACCUGAUUCAUUAUCCACCGUACUCUGUACAACUAGAAGAAAAUAAUCCAGUUCCUCCAUUCAUUGACCGAAGAUGGAGAGGAAAAGCACAGCGGCGUCUUGAGGCUUUUCAAAAGCUUGCCAUAUCUCAGCCCUCACUUCAUAUUCCCAGAAUUCAGUAUGAAGAUCCUGAAGUUAGUGGAAGGAAUCGCUGGAAGUAUUUUGAACGACCUUUCAUCCCAUUUCAUAAACCGAUUCCACUGAAUAUCGUUUAUGCAAUAUCAAAGCCAGAGCCAUAUACCCAUCAAGGACUACCCAGGGAUAAACCAGCCUAUCUCAUUUCACGAACUGUGUGUACACAGACAGAUUACCGGGAUAGUGAAGCUCAGACAGAUCCCUAUAGCCCAGAAUAUGUGGUGCCUUCAGGUUCAAUACCUGAGUUACUGACCCUUGCAACACUGACGUGGGGUCGGGGCCUUCCGGCAACCCAGGCAGAAGUGGAGGUGAUUGAAAGAGCCCGAGGGAAACGUGCCUGGGAGGCAACCCUUCCGCUACUAAAUGACGCUGCACACAUUGCAAAAAGGAAGAGAAUGAUGGAGGAAAUGGAGAGGAAAGAGUGGGCCUUCCGGGAGGAAGAAAUAGAAGAAUUACAAGAAGUUAGACUAGAACUUUUAAAGACCCUGCUGAGGAAUCGGGAAGAGAAUCGCAAUGAACUAAAUGUCAGUCGCUUAGAUACUCACUGGUUCAACCUCAUGCGAGAAAAAGAAGAGAAAGUGAAAAAGAUUAAACAUGAACAUAUAAAAGCAAUCAGAAGACUAAUAGUUAAGGGAAAAAAUGUGGAAGGGAAACUGGAGAGAAGACAUGUUAUUAAGGACUACAUGGAAUAUGAAUCACAGUCUUAUGCUCCUCUAUCAAGAAUUGGUUACUUUCCAGACAAUCAUGCAGAUCGGUACAUAGUGAAGAACCCCUUUCUCAACACCUAUGAAGGAUUGCUUGAACUGGAGGCAUCUUUUCCUGACUCUGCUACCCAGCCACGAACUGAAGCCCCCAAACCCAGAAGCACCACCACCAAGGAUGGUUUUACUAAACGUUCUGCUAGACUAGAGAUGGAACUGGCACAAGUUUACCAGAUACUGCAAAACAAGAAGAAUCAAAUUAAAGAGCCACCAACGCCACUUCGUUUCCUUCAGAAGAUAUCCAAGUACUUUGGUCGUCCUCCCACUCCAGUAUUGGAAGUGCCUUCACUAAUAGACGAAGAGAGAGAACUAGCUGUGAUUACAUUGCAGAAGUUAAUUCGAGGCAGAGCUAUCCAGAACAUGAUGUUUGAAGGAAAGGAAAAGCGAUUGGAACUGAUCCAGGAGUUGCGCACCACUCAUGCGCUCCAAGAGGAUGGGCAACUUUUGAAGAAGGCUGAGAAGCAAGUGACUUUGGCAUUGCAGCGGCAGCGGGAUUUGCAUGAACACAAGCUGUCUCUCAUGGAAAAGCAUUUGGCUCGGGUAGAAGGGAGAGCCCUGGCAAACAUGUUGGAUUUCCUGUCCAAAGAGCUAAUCAGGCUACAGGAAGAGCGGCGGAUCCAUGCUUUUGCUAUGUUAGCUGAAAGGCAACGCUGGAUGCGGGAAGCCGAGGAGAGUGGACACCGCCAGGUGGAAGAGAGGCGCAGGCGCGAAGAAGAUGAGAUCUUUAAGCAGGUCGUUAAGGUGCACCAGAGUACAGUUGAUUCUUAUCUAGAAGAUGUCAUCUUGAGCAGCAUGGAGACUGCAGCUGAAGAACAAACAAGAGAGGAAAUUCAGAGAGUGGCCGUGCAAGUCAAUAAUGUUGCUUAUGAAAUGGAAAUGCGCCAAAGUCACCUGCAGUCUGAAGAGAUAGUGGCAGAGCUGGUUUAUAGCUUCCUGAUCCCUGAAGUAUGGAAAAUAGCCAUUAAGGAGAAAGUGAGGCAGUUCCAGAGAAAGCACAUUUAUGCAGCUCAUCAGAUCAUCCAUGGGAAUACAGAGAUGACAGUAGGACAGCUCUUUUCUGCAGAGUUCCAGCAGGCAAUGGCUGUAGGGUUUCCUCAAAUAGGAUUUCAGAGUUUUCCUGCAACAGCUGCAAAACAAGAAGCUCUUGAGCCAGUUGGGAUAGAGCUUCUGGAUAGUGAAAACCAGCCUGAAAUGACACUUGAAGGAAGUCAUUGCGCUGAAUCUUCUGGGCACCCACAGAAAUAAGACUGUUCUGAAAAUUCUUGGAGGAAAUGCAGUUGGAUCACACUUACUACACAAGAAUGCAUGAAGCCUUCUCCUGCAGUCUUCAGUAGGCUUUGUGUCUCAAAAGAUGUCUGAAAAAUAGUUGGA